AUUAAAACCUCUCCAGUUUGCAAACCCGUAUGCCUAGUGGUACAAGCUUCGUUUUUCACCAUCCCAACUAGAAGUUUCUUGUCAAGCAAAUGAUAAUCUUGUUGCGGCACUGCACGACAUCAAACACUAGUAACUUAGCCUACAUGCAUGUACACGUACGGUGACGUACCGGUUAUAGCAUGGAGCAAGAAAAUACUUCGCAUAAUUCUGGCCUUGGUUGUAGUACCGGUACGAUGUAGCUAUAUGGCUAUAUGUAGCGUGUACAAUCACAAACACAAUGUACAAUGUGUACCGUGUCAGCCAGCUGCAGAAUGAUGCAUAUAUCUCCGAGCUCAAGCUAUGCCCUCUGAAUUCUGCUGACUCAAACUUUUAACUUUUAAGUUCAAAGUUCAUCGGGCUGUGAUUGCGAUAACACAUUGUCAACGUGACAACUGCAACUUCAAGUGAUUCUCAAGUUCACAAUCAACAACUUAGCAAUGACCGAAUCGGAACACACAGUGUUAAGGAAACUGACGAAUCCCUUUCCCCGUCUGACGUAUCGUCGGUUAAUGGUGGUCUACGCUUCUAUAUGCUUGUGCAUUAUCUCAUUUGUAUGUGUUCUGAGCAGAUAUCAAUAUGAUACUACCCAUGUCAACGUUCAGAAGACAUCUUUGAAUUGGAUGCUUCGCGGCGUGUCACAUCAUGCUCCAACAGUAAAUCGACCACAUCAUAACGAAUUAAAAGAUUCACUAGGAAAUGUUUAUAUUAAGCAUCAGUAUGAAGACUGGCUUCAGCAUUCUGCUAACAAGACUUUCGACCUUCGGCCGGAGAGCGGUUUCAUGAAACAACAGGCCUCGAUUCAACGCCAACGAAAGAGGGCGCUACAGCAAGUUUGUAGAAAACAUCCAGAGUUGAGCGAUGUGACGUUCACGGGCGGAAACACACGUCUACUCUUCGUCGCUGAAAAAAGCAGUUUGUUUUACUGCGUUGUUCCCAAGGAACGAAAAUAUGCUGCCCCAUAA